CAAGUUUUGAAGGGAAAAAAGAAUAUAUGACCAAGUUUCCGGUCGGAUACGCGUCUACGUUCUAUUACGAACCUGUCCAUAAUGAUCGUCAGCUUCAAAUAUCCCGAUCCUCAUAUUAAUUUCUCUCUAUAAAUUCAUUUCAUUACCAUAGGAGAAGAGUCAACGCACAAACGACGACUCCUAUACCGAGCAAUGGCUAGCAAUGAAGCGGAGAUUAACAAGUCAACCAACCCAGCUCUGGAUCCGGACAACCCGAACCCGGAGAGACCGGGUCUGGAGUUCGCCCAGUUCGGAGCCGGGUGCUUCUGGGGAGUAGAGCUGGCGUUCCAGAGGGUCCCAGGUGUGGUGAAAACAGAGGUGGGUUAUUCUCAGGGCCAUGUUGACAACCCGGAUUAUGUACUGGUUUGUACUGGAACUACUGAACAUGUGGAAGUGGUUCGGAUCCAGUUCGACCCGGCUGUUUGUGACUACUCGACUCUUCUCUCUCUUUUCUGGGCUAGGCAUGAUCCUACGUCUCUCAAUCGCCAAGGCGGUGAUGUUGGCGAGCAGUAUCGUUCCGGGAUAUAUUACUACACUGAGGAGCAAGCUAGUUUGGCACGGGAGUCACUUCAAGUGAAGGAAACAGCAUUGGAUGGUAAGAAGAUUGUUACGGAGAUUCUUCCUGCCAAGAGAUUUUACAGGGCUGAGGAGUACCACCAGCAGUAUUUGGAGAAGGGUGGAGGCCAAGGCUCGAAACAGUCUGCUGCAAAAAGCUGCAAUGAUCCUAUCAGAUGUUAUGGUUGAAAGUUUGAGUAUUUGUAUUAUGCACCACCCACAUAAUAAUAUUUGCUUGCAAUAUUUGCAUUUUCAUUUUAUGCUGAAUAAACCUUACAUUGUUCGAGGUGUGUGCUGUUUGGACAUAUCAGUCUGAUUAAUGAAAACCUUUGGAAUCCAGUAUACAUGCUUACUUGAUCAGUAGUAUUUCAUGUGCUUGUCGAAUUUCAUUAUUUGUGUGUAUGCAAUCUGAAAGAGUUUCAU